AUGUAUCCGGAUUGGCCCAGAUCUGAAGCUGAUCUGGUCCCCCUGCCACGCUGCGACGGUCCCAAGCUGGAGCCGUUCGACUUUAAGGGCCCGCAACAGAUCCAGUUCCUCGAAUACCUCGGAGAGGGUACGCAUUCGCAAGUCCUCAAAGUGAAAAUCCUGGGUCAGAUAUAUGCAUUGAAACUGUUUCGAUUCUGCUGGGAUGAAGAUUGGUUGGGCCGCGGCCCGGACAAUGAGGAGGAUGAUCUCGAAGCCAACACUGCUUUUUACAAUUACUUGGAGCCCUUCAGCAGCGAAUGCCGUGCUUUUGGCCGCCUCCGCGAAGCCGGUCAUGAAGAGCUGGCGGUCAAGUGCUUCGGCUACGUGCUGCUCGACGAGGAACACGAACGUGCCAUGCUGAGCCAGUUCAGCAACCUCGAGCUGAAUGGCAGCUGUCCCGGAUUCGACGACAUGCGCUUGCGCUUCCUGGGCAGAGACGGUAGGCCGCCGCCCAUCCGAGGCAUCGUCAAAGAAUUUGGCCCCGCCAUGGAGAAUAUGCGCAACCUCGAGAUGCGCAGGAUCCUCCGCGACAUGGUUGGAUUGCAGCAGCUUGGCAUUGUUUACAUCGAUAUCGCGGACCGACAGAUCAUAGGCGGAAAGAUCUCCGACUUCAGCACAGCAUUGACCGUGCCGCAUUAUCUCUUGACCCCCGAACUCAAUCCGCACCUGACUCCCGAGUGGAUUUCUGCGAUGGAGUAUGAGGCCUUCCGGUUCAGUCUCCACGACUUCAUAGAUUUUAACGAGAUGGCGAGGAUCUGGAAUGAAGAACACCCGGAGCAAAAGACCAAAAUAUCAUUCAGGGCACUUCCUCGCGGCUAUGGAUGUGACGGAUAUAAGUUUAGAAGGACGCCGUCACGUGAAGCUGUUUAUUCUUUGGUUGACCCAAGACUGUAUGACUGGAAGGAUUCCACCGUCGGUGAGAAGCCGAGGUCUAUCAAGGGACAGGUCGGAACAAAGCAGAGCGGCUCCGGAAAGCAUCCCCAAGGGAUUUUCAGGUCUCGUCGACGGCUCCAGGCGAAGCCGCCCCGAUGGCACUAUGAUUGCAGCCAGAAGACGGCGGCAGUCCUGAAAUCUGACUCAUUUAGUACCUCGAUCCAAUGGGUGUAUAAAGAUGGUCAUAUAUUUCCUCAGAAGAAAACAUCAUAUGUCUGA